ACAUUAUUUGUUAUUAUUUUUAGAAACAUAUUUUCGCGAAGAUUGUCUCACUUAUUUUGAGAUGUCUUCAGAAGCAGGUGGAAAAGAUAAAGAUUCUGAAGUGAAUGGGACGCCAGUAAAUCCAGCCGGUCUUAGGAAACCCCACCAAUCUACUCAAGAGAAACUUCGAAAUGAACUAUAUUCACCAAAAAAGCCCCAAAGCAAUCUCUCAGUUAAUGCGCCAGAAUUUGUACCUAGGAAGACUACGUUUUCUGUAACAGCAGCCGAAUUUGUUCCCAGACAGCAGCCCUACCCUCAGUAUUCAAAGAACCUAUAUGAAGACUUCCAGGAUUUACAGAUAGGGGAGUACUACACACCGAGCGGGGAGGAGGUCCUGAACAGUUUCCAGGAGACGCUGACCGCUCUCAUCAGCCAGCCCGGGAACAUGGAGGAACUGAUGAGGGUGGUCAUCGACCAGAUGAAACAGCUGCCAGAGUCUGAACAGUCCAUCCAGGAUAGUGUUAUAGAGAUGCUGUUUGAACAGUGUGUAACAGAACCCAAUUUUCGAUACACUGGUGCAAGACUUUGUAAGCUGCUAUGUAAAGAAUUAAAGUCCCAUCCCAUAUUUAAAAAUUUUAGAGGUGCAUUUCUUACAAGGUGUAAAGCAGAAUAUUUGAAGAAAGAUGAAAUGAUAGCAAAUCCCCAAAUGGUGGACCGUCUUUGUGGAUUCACAAUGUUUAUAGGGGAGCUCUUUCUCAACCUAGAGGUUGAAAAGGAAGUUGGUGGGAAAAUGACACUAGAGAAAAUAGGAAUAUUACGAAGCCCUGUCUUGAAGGAUCUUUUAUUGAUUCUAUUACAACAUCCCACAGAUUUCACUGUUAAAUGUGCCACACAGCUGCUUAAGCUGACAGGGUCCACAAUAGAAGAUACAGCUUAUUUAAAUACUACAUCAGAAGGUUCUUAUGAUGAAGUAUUUCUACAGAUACGACAGUUAGAUACCUACCCAGACCUAAAUAGAACUAGCAAGUGCUUAAUAAAAUCUGUGAUAGAUUUAAAAGACAAUAAUUGGGGAAGAUCUAGAUCAUCAAAUCCUGUAACACCUGAAGAAUCUUAUCAACCAGUCUAUCAACAGGCAGCAGAAUUCACACAGAAUGAACCUGUAUUUUACAAUCAGCAAGGUCAGCCAAUAACAGCUGAGGAGGCUGGCUAUUACGACCAAGCGUACAACAGCUACCUACAGGAGGAGGAGGAAUACGCACGCUGGGAGGCGGAAGGAUUCGAGGAACAAAAUGCCUGGGUGGAGGGCGGCGACUACCAGGCCUGGUCAUCAGACCCUAACCAGCUGGAGUACGAUAAUGGAUACUAUCAAACGGGGCCAUACAGUGAAAACUACAUGGACGAGGAGAUAGAAGCCGCCUAUGAAGAGUUCCUCCGACAACAACCUCCCCCGCCCCAAUAGCAGAGCCUGUCGACCAAUCAAACGAUGUCCUAUUGUACAUGUUGUCAAUUUUCAUUUGGACAGCCAAUAAGAAAGUGCUCGUUUACUCUUUUUUUAAAAGUCCAGAAUUAUGUUACAGUUUACACUGUGUUCAGUUGUUCCCUAACUGUUAAUGUAAAAGUUGCCUACAGAUGGUGUACAGAUGUAAAUAAUACAAUGUCCAGUUAUAUGACUUACUCUGAAUUUAAAAGCAGUAUAAAAAAAAAGUAAAUAAAUGUGCCUUAAAAAAUUCUAAAAAAUGAGGCUUUAUUACCAAAAUGAUUGUAGAAUGUCCUAAGGUAGUACAUGUAUUAGUAACAGCAUUUAACUGUUUUUUAAUGAUGAAAAACCAUACCUAACAAGGUGAUAGAAUUUAAAAAAAAAAUCAAUGUAGUGCAAUAUCUCAACUAAAAGCUCAUGAUGGAAAACAAAGUAAUG